AUGGCAAAAAAGGGCGGCGCCGGCGCCGGCGAGAACUCGAAGAAGGCACAAGGCCAGGCUCGCAAGGCAGAGGCUGCGGCAUCAAAACAGGCAGCAAAGAACCAACAGGCGGAGAAGGAAGAAGCAGAGGAAUGGAAGAAGGGUGCAAAGUCCAAUGCGAAGGCCGAGGCUGCGGCAGAAAAGGCCGCAGAGGCAGCACGUAAAAAGGCGGAGAAGGAGGCAUUGCUGCGUGAAGAAGAGGCAUCACUGCCAUCGAAACCCAAAGGAAAGGCACCGAAAGCCGAGAAGAAACCCCGCGGCAUCGACGCAGCCCUGGGCUCCCUUGACGGAAAGCCAUCCGCCCUCAAUGCCAGUGGUAUCGACAAUGCGCUCGAUGCUCUGGAUAUCACGGGCAAUACACAAGAAAAAAUUGACCGGCACCCCGAGAGGCGAUUCAAGGCUGCAUUGGCCGCAUAUGAGGAAGACAGACUUGCCGAGAUGAAGGACGACAAGAGCUUGCGGCGACAACAGAAGAUUGAGAUAAUACGAAAAGAGUUCGAAAAGCAUCCGGACAACCCGUUCAACCAGGUCACUGGAUCAUACAAUAUGACGAGGGAGGAGAGGGCUGCGAUACAAGAAGAGGAAAAGGCCAAGAAGGAAAAGAGAUUAGUAGGCGUAAACUAA